GACAGCGGAGGAGCGUCCGACUCCGGUCUCUCUGGUUUUAACUGUUACUUAAGAUAAACAACCUAUGUUAGACCUUUAUGGCUCGGUCAAAAUUGAAAGGUUCUGUCCAUGUCUUCUGACCACCACAGCCUUGUUGGGUAGAAAUGUCGCUGUCCACGGCCAGACCCAGUUCAGCGCCCAGCUCAUCCAGGGAAGAGCGAGCAGACGCGGCUGAGCUGAACAUCCAGGUUACCUCGGAGAUCAGGAAGAAGCAGCCACUUCCUGUCAAACCUGCAGGCAUCCCACCUGAACUCCUGCUCAGCCUCUCCUCCACCGUCUCCAGCAGGAGCACACAGGGCCACACUACACAUCACCGGAACUGUGAACGUUGUGAAGUCAGGCGGCCAGAUGCAGUUUGGCAUAAUCCAGUUGGACGCAGCAAAUACAAAUACUUUCUGGAACAGCCAACAUCGCUGACAGGAGCCGGCAGGGAUAUUUCAUUCCUGUGCGAUGCUGUGCUUAAACAGAAGAAAAUGACCCUUCUCCCACCAGUGACUGAGAUGAACAGCACCAGAGACACACAGAACUUGAGUGUCUCAGAAACUGUGAUCCCAGAUGAAUAUCGUAUUGUGAAGAACAAAGGGAUACAAUGUCUGGAGUUGUAUGAAGACGCGUUUACAGUGCAGCUGAAAGAUCGGGAGCAGAGGUUACGAGUCCUUCCAUCACUGCGGCCCAGCGGCAGACUGGAAGUGGUCCAACUGAUGAGGAUGAUGGAUGACAUGCUGGAAAAGGCCGGAGUGGAUCAGCAGAGCGAGGAACUGACUGAGCUGUGCCAGCUUGAGGGCCUGUUGGAGCUGGUGAAGACGGAGCAGAACAUCUACAACAUUGUUUUCCAUGAACUGAUCAGGCAGGUGACCGUGGGCUGUGCUGAGAGAGGACAGCUCCUCGCCAAACUCAGACAGCGGUACCAGUCUCUCCUGGACCGAAUCCCCCACCGCUUGAGGGCUUUACACACCGAGGUGGUGGCGCAGCGGGCUCUGGACCGCCGCCUCGUUGAGGAAAUCUACCGCAUCAAAGCAUCCAUCCAGCAGCUAAACAUGGAACUUUCAAAAAUCAGAGACCACGAUGCGUUAGUUUCCCAUCAGGUGGAGCGAGCACAGCAGCAAGUGACUGAAGGCCUCAGAGAGACUCACAGCAGCUCAGAUGUUGUCCAGGGUUAUCACCAGCUGUACGAGCUCCACAGAGCUCGUCUAGAGGAUCAGCUGCUGCAGAUGACUGAAGAAAAAGACUGUUGGAGCCAGUUCACCUUCAGUCUCGCACUAAAAGUGAUUAAAGUGAAGAAGCUUCAUCUUGUCAGUGAGCUACAUGUCAGUGAGGAUGGUUGGUUCAAGACAGCAAAACACUGCCUCCUCUACAUCUCCACAAAGGAUACACAAGAUCUACAUAACAUACUGGAGUUAACCAACUACUGGAAAGAGCAGCUGAUUGGCCUCAUGUCACAGCUGAAGAAAACUGAGCAUGCUCAGUUUGCACAGGUCACCUCCACGCAGCAAGGCAUCGCCAAGUGGUCUCUUUUCCUCAACACGAAGAAUAACCAUUCUGAUCCAGAGUAUGACAGAGCAGCAGUAGAAGCAAUUCAUGCAGAUUUAAAGCAGUGGUCACAUCAGAAACUGAAUGAACUACGCAAUGUCCUGGAAAAAUGGCUGGAUACGAGUCUUCAGCUCUUUGAAAGACACACUCCUCCUGAUGCUGAGUCUGUUCAUGGCCUGCAGACCAUAAGAGAGCUGGACAGGGUCCUAUCAGAACUCCUCAAACAGUUUGACAUUCAAGUCAGUGGGGAGAGCGGGAUCCACAGACUGAUUACAUCACUGGUUGGAUUGAUGGAGCUGUGGGUCUCCAAAACAUACACUGAUAUUAAACAACCAGCGGCUCGGAGUGCAAUGGCCAAAUCUGAUUGGCCUAAACUAGAAAAGGCAAUGUUGGACUGGCAGAAUCUAGCAGAAGAGAUAUUGUUGCAUUUCUCCAUCGCACAAACAGAGACCCAGAAGGACAAAAACAAACCUGACUUAUACAGAGCAACAACAAAGGCGUUAGAUGAUGUCCAGGAGUUCGUAAGCAGCCUGUCCAACUUCACUGAGAGUGAGAACCAGAAACUGCAGGAAGAGGUGACCUCUCUUCACACAGGUCGAACCCGCUGGAUGUUGGAUCUGUUGCUUGCCAUGAUACCCGACCAGAAUGAGGAGGAGAACAAAGAUCUGAACCAUGGCUACGUUCCACAAAUCUCACUACAGGCUUUAACUGAGGAUGCAGAAAGGCUUUCUGAGAAACUGGUCUAUUUUACCAGCAUUAUUAACAGAUCAUGCACCUUAAUUUUGGAGGAGAAGACGGCACAGGACCCAAAUGAAACUGAGAUUGAAAAUGAGACUAAAGAGCUCAAAAAACUGCAGAGAGACUGUGAUAAUUGGGCGGAUAGCUGCAAAAUACUGCUCUCAGGAAUUCAUGGGAAGUCUGAGGAGGAACUCAUCAAGCAACCAGAACAACCUUCCAACAGCACUGAACCAGCACAAAUCAUGGAGACUCAGGUCACUGAAGAUCCUGUGAUGGAGCCAAGGCCUGACACUGAAAACAUCAGAGAUGGGGCCGAGCCAGAAUCAACUGAGAGAACGGAUGAAGAACCUGAAACGCAGCAUCAAGAGAGGGAGCUAACAGAUUGCGAGAGGCCUGUGCUGAAGCUGAUUGGCUAUGAUGGAAACAUCACUCAAAGAUAUCUGGAUGACAGCUGUGUCCAGCUGAGUGGGACCGAGGAGCUGGUUGUGUCUCCAGUAACAGAAGAAGCUAACAGAGCCUUUAGUGAUCUAACAACAGUGGUUCUACUGCAACAAGAACUAAAUUAUUCUGAGGAGCGCGCAAGGAGUGCUGAGCAGCGAGCUCUGGAAGCUGAGGAGGCUCUGCAUGCAGCUCUGGAGAAGGUUCAAGACCUGGAGAGACAGCUGCAGAGUGGACCGGCUCCGGGGCCUCAAGCUGAAGAUGAGGUAAAGAAAACACCAUCUCCUCCCCCACCAACAGGCACAGCACCAGCUUCUCCAAAAUCACCUGUAGGGGAAGACAAACCAGCGAGCACCAUAACGAAGACCAAGUAACGAGGAUCUGACAUGUGAUCAAAACUUGUGACUCCAUAUGUUUGAGGCUGUCUUAUUUAUUUGGUUGCAUUGAGCGAAGAAGAAACAUAUCAUCAUUAACAGUUUACAACCCACAAGUUUUCAAAUUGUGAAGCAGGAAUAAAGAAAACUGAGGAAAGCAGAAAAGCUCACUAAUAAGAUUAAGAGUGUUGUGUAUACAUUUACAGUAUCAAGAAGUUUUCUUUUGUUGCAUUAUUGUUGUAAAGGAUUUACUUCACUUCAUGUUACUAUUUAUGCUGAGGAUUUGCUACCUGUGGCAUUUUUUCAACCCCGUGAUAAGGUCAA